CUUACAGAUGGCGGCUCCCCGCAAACACAACAGUUCUUCCAUCAUGGAGUGGAUCAAAUAAAUUUCUGCAAUGACACACGCCCACCUGAUAGAAAACUGGAAGCAUGUAGCACAGAUCACUCAGAAGACUUUUAAAGACACCUAUCUGUGUUUCAUCAGUAUAAAAUGUCAAGUUUCCUCAAGCAGCACAUCACCUCUAUGGGUGAGAUAUCUGUGAAAGAAUUAAUUCCACUAGGUGCUCCACGACAUGACAGUGUAGAUGCCACACCACAUCCUGUGUCAGGUAGUCUUUGUCUUCAACCUUCUGAGAAGACUCCAAAACUUUUGAGCUCACUGCCUAAAUGCAUCACGCCCACUAAAAACCCUGAGCUAGAGCAGAGGGACAAGUCCUUUUCAGCUGCACUCAAAGCCUCCAAUAAGAGACCACAUCAGGAUGGUAUUCUGGAUUGCAAAGUUGUUAUGAGAAAACUACAACCAGAUAAUGGCAACAUUAACUUCAGGAAGGAUGGCUCUCUCAAUUCCACGGUUAAAAAGGACACUCUGCGGAGCAAUAGUUCUUACAACAGAGACAGAGACAUUUCUUUUGCUCUCAGUAAGGAGCUGAAUGAAAACUUGAGGGUCAGAGGAGGUUUGUUUCCUUCUCUCCCUCAUACAUCUCAUUCCGAGUGUAACCCUGAGAGCAGUAGUUCCUGCUCAUUCCAGCAUAAACCCAAAGUGUCAAUUAACAAAGAGGAACGAUUCAUUCACCAUCCUGAUCAGAAAAAAGAUAGACUGGAGAAUAAAGACCACAAAACCUCUCAUUGUAGCAACAUGUCCUUACAGAAGGAAUUAAGUACCCCUCACCGCAAGACUAGUCCAGAGGGCAGGAUGUCUCUAUCUGCAAAGAGAAAAAGGGAGGCUAGUACAGACAGUGAGAAGGAAAUUAAACGACCAUGUGUUGAUUUCCAACCCACCUCGCCUUUAAAGUUCGUCAGGCGUGCUUUUGUGAAGUCCAGCAAUGACUCUGUGAUCACUAUAAAGGAGAAAGAGUCUCCCAAACCGCUUCCUGUCACACAAAACAGCAGCAAUAAACCGAGACCUACGCCUUCCUUCGCCAGGCAGCUCUUUGAACCAUGUAAGGACUCAAAUACAGGGAGCGACAAACCUCACUCAUUUCAACUCGUUAAAUCACCCGUGACUUCGGAGCCUAAAGACGCUAUGGUGGCACGAGCCAACAAAAAUCCCAAAGCUCCACCAAGCCAGCCGCAUUUGCGCAAAGUCUCUCCGAAGUCGAGCACAACGUUCGACAGCAUCGAGACCCUCUUUACUCCAGACUGCUGCUUGCCAUCGCCCAAAACUCAUUACAAAAAAACAAAUACUGAAAGAGAAACUUGUACAGUCUCCACACACACAAACCCCACUUCUGACCAUAAGGAGAGUGUUAAAAUUCACUUGUCCGCUCAUCGUCCUGAUCUAAGCUCACCCAGCUUUGCAGAACAAGCCAGUUCAUGUAAGAUGGAAUCGGAUGAAAGAACGCAGUUGAAAGUGGAGCAGUCACGCAGCCCCAAGGCUAUCAUGCCUGCCCCAGCUGUUUCGGUGAAAGAAGAAUCAAGAGAACAGUAUUGGUGCCCCAAGUGGAAAGAUCCCUUAGAUAUUGAGCUGGGAGACGACUCUGGCGACGAGCUGAGAGAGCACUGCAAUAUCAGCCUCAGCAGCAGCAGCAGUGGUCAUGAAGAUGAUCCACUGCCAUCGCUGGAGAAGCUGAUGAGUCGGAGAGACCAUGUGCCUGCUACUCCUGAAAAAGAUGCUUUCUCAGAGCCCAACACACCGAUCUCAAAAGCAGCACCUGAGGCAGUGAAAACCAAAGCCGUUAGUUACAGAAAUACACUGGAGCAGAUGCUGCAAGAGAAGGAACAAUAUCAGAGGUCAAAAGAGUUGGAGAGACAGUUACUUGAGUCAUGUAAAGAGGAUCUGCUGAAUUCAUAUGAGGACGAAAACAGUGAAAGUAAAGAGGAAGACAUCUCACUUGAGCAAAGGGAAUUUUUGCAAAGGUUCUCGGUUGCCUCAUGUGCCAUCAGGGACAUCCACCCAGGAGAGGAAGUAUUCUUACCUGCUAGGUUUGGUCGACUCUUCAACCACCAGACACUGGACCUGAGGAAGAUUAGUGUGACACCACGUAACAAAUCACAGCAAAUCCUCCUUCAGGCCCGUACUGAGCAUGUGCUGUCUCUGAUCAGUGCUGGCUUGUUGCGGAAAGCCUACUUUUCUUUCCCAUGUCAGCCUGAGGUUACACUCUGGCUUUUCCAGAUGAUGUCAGUUCACCCAAACCCCAUUAUUUCCUCACACAUCAUGCAGUCGUUGCAGACCAUUGCUCUGUCUGCUGCUCAACACAUAGUUGAACACCAGAAGCCAAGUUUUAAAGUGUGGGUUCCUUCUGUACGGGACAUCACCCUGGUUUUCCUGAACAUGGGGGCAUCAUUUAUCAGUCUGUUCCCGUUGGAGGCUCUGCAACCCCCUUUUACUGAGGGAGAUCUUUUAGAGAGCUUUCAGCCAGAAGAAACCAGCCAAGACGGAUUGAUAUCUAACAUGAAAGACAAUGCCACUUUACCAGUACAUAAUUUAGAGAGUGUUCUCAAUUACCUCUCCCUUUGUACUGCAUUGUGUCCGAGAAUGUACACUGAUGACGAGCUGCUCUUGCUUCUGGCGGUAGUGUGUAGAAUUGGACUGGACACUCAUUUUCAGCUGCUACCUACUGGACACUUUAGCCUCCUGCUCCAGAAUCUGCUCAAAAACAUCACACACUGGGAUGUACAGAUAUCUAAAGCUUGUCAGACCCUGACUGAUUUGUCAGAAGAUCAUCACAACCUCAGGAGACUUGUUUAUCUUCUUCCAGAUAGCAGUUGUGGAAAGCAAUUAAAACGACACCUGAGUGUGUCUAUCAUCUCAAAGCUCUUGAAUCACACCUGCACUUAUAAACCCUCAGGGACAGAGUUUAAGCUGUCUGAGCUGAAACCUUUGCUACCUCAAAUGCGUCCCUCGUCCCUACUGAAAGGCCUUAGGUCUGCAAGGAGAGCAGAAGAUUGUGAUGCCAAUCUAGACCAACAAGCAUAUUACCUCUGCUACAGCCUUUUGACUUUGACAAAUGAAGCCUCCAAUUUUGAGUUUUUACCCUCAGCUCAGAGAAGUGAUCUGCGGAGUCUUUCUUCUCAGCUGGAGAAGCAUAUUAAGUGUGACAUAAGGGAGAGCGAGAAAAUGCUGUACAGAAGCAAGGUGAAAGACUUUGUGGCUAGGAUAUACACCAAGUGGCAGGUGCUUCUCACACGAACAAGGCCUCAGGAGGGAAAGCUGUAUGAUUACUGGAAGCCCCCACCAGAGGAUGAAAUGUCCAGCAGUCCUCAGGGCCAGUCCUGCAUCAAAUCACAAGACACUUUAGAGAGUGCAGAAGAAACUCUGACCACAGAGUGGAGCAGUGCAGAAUCAGACGAAGAUGCUGAGAGCGAAGAGGAAGAAGAGAACUUGCCAAAAGAGUGUGAGGAACCUCAACCUAUGGAGAGGAAAGUGAAGAUUGAACGAGAUGAAGAUUGUGUGGAGGACAUCAGUGAUGCAGAGGAGAAAAAUGAUGAGCCAAAGCAACAGCUGAUGGAGCUAGAGGAUGAUCGAAAGUUUGAACCAAUAUCUGAUGAAGAGCUGGGUGAAAGUCAUCAAGACUCCGAGUCUGGGGAACCUCAGCUUCUGGAGAGUGAGGUGAAUAUCGAACGAGAUGAUGAAGAUUGUGUGGAGGAUAUCAGUGAUGCAGAGGAGGAAAAGGAUGAGCCAGAGCAACAGCUGAGAGAGCUAGAGGACGAUAGAAAGUUUGAACCAAUAUCUGAUGAAGAGCUGGUUGAAAGUCAUGAAGACUUAGAGUGUGAGGGUGAUGAUGAUCUCAUGAACAGAGAGGAGGAGCUUCUAAAAGAUGAGGAGCCUCAUGAAGAAAAUCAAAAGCACAUACCUGUAGAAGAAAACUCUGAGGUGUUAGAGGAGCUUGAGGACUUGUUAAAGAGCUAAGAUGAAAACACAAAUUAAGGAAGGGAUUUGAGAGGGCUGGAGUUUGAGAAGUCUGAGAAAGAAUUGCCAUCCACGCAUAUACAUUAUGUGGGGGUUUGUGCAUUCAUUAAUGUUUAUAGAAUCUUUCAGUUACACAAGUCAUGCCUAUAGUUGUUCACAAAUUGUUUAUAAUAUAUAUUCUGUGUAUGUGUUCUGCAUUUAUCAGCUGUCCUUAAUUUUUUAUUCUUCUU